GUGACGCAUAAUUUAGGCGACAUGAAAGAACUGACCCGGCUAACAUGACCUGAUUGAGUUUGUGUGUAAAACAAAUAAUUUUAGUAAUGUACAGUUGUCGUAGUUGUGCGCGGUGUUUAUGAAACCAUUUGUCUGCGAUGUAUCUUUUACUUUAUCUGACCUCUACUUUGUUUUUCACUUUAUUUAGUCGAUUAUCGUGCUGUCAAACUAGCUUGUGUUGUUGCUGAACAGGUGUAGUUGCUUGUUUGAAAAAAAUGACUCUUCCAGCUUUACACAGUACCAGCGUGCUCUACAGAAGAAUACUGUCACAGUUUCCGCAGGACAUCAGUUUAGCUUUUGCCUACGGAUCUGGUGUUUUUAAACAGCAUGGGACCAACCAAGGUCAAAUGGAGAAGAACAUGUUGGACUUUGUGUUUGCCGUGGACGACCCUGUGACAUGGCACACCAUGAAUCUACUGCAGAAUCGCAAACACUACUCCAUCCUGAAGCUGCUGGGUCCGAGGAUGAUCAGCUCAAUACAAAAUGACCACGGGGCCUCAAUAUACUAUAACACACUGGUACCGGUGGAUGAAAGGAUAAUCAAAUACGGUGUGAUUAGUACCGAUUCCUUAAUUGAUGACCUGAUGCACUGGAAGACCAUGUAUGUUGCUGGACGCCUUCACAAACCAGUGAAACUGCUGGUGCAGGGGGAGAAUGGAAAACUCCGUGCUGCUCUGGUGGCUAAUCUCAAAAGUGCUGUAACAGCCUCUUUCCUCAUGCUGCCAGAGAGCUUCACAGAGGAGGACCUUUUCCUGCAGAUCGCUGGUCUUUCUUAUGCUGGGGAUUUUAGGAUGGUGAUUGGAGAAGACAAAUCCAAGGUGGCCAAUCUUGUUAAAGACAACAUUCAGCACUUCAGGUUUCUGUACAGCAAUAUCCUACAGGACUGCCCACAAGUGGUCUACAAACCUCAACAAGGAAAACUUGAGGUUGACAAAAGCCCUGAAGGCCAGUUUAUCCAACUGAUGGGGUUACCCCGAACUCUUCAGCAAAGGAUCACAAAGCUUGUCGAUCCUCCAGGGAAAAACCGGGAUGUGGAGGAGAUUCUGCUACAGGUGGCUCAGGACCCCGACUGUGGAGCUGUUGUGCAACACGGUAUUUCAUCGAUUGUGAAAUCCUCCAGUAUAACGCAGAGUAUAAAAGGCAUUGCUACAGCUGGCUUAUGGAAGACGGUGUCCUAUAGCUCCAAAAAACUGAUGAAGAUGUGGAAAGGCUGGAGGAGGAAGCCAGCUGUCUCACAGAUGUCCUGAUUCUGUCUGUUUACUUGGAAGCUGUCCAUCCUUAUUAUUUUUAGUUUGACAAUCUGUGAUCCGUCUCUUUCUUUUUUUUCUUUUUUAUGAAUAACCCCACAAAACUGUGACCAGUGCAGCUGUGUCCUCACUACUGGUUUAUCGUUUUCUGGACUCUAUGAAUAUCUGACAGUAUGUGAAUAGUUUAAAAUUCUCUUCAUCUGCCAUUUUCAUGUAACUCAUAAUAGGUGCAGAAUAAAAGAUGACAUUUCCAAAGUGAGACUGAAUUGUGGCUGGCAUUUAGUCUUCCUGCAGAUUGGACCUUUCUGGUUGAGGACUGGAGUGACUUCUAAGUGAGCCAGUAAAUGGCACAAAAUCUAUGUGGACAUUUCUUGAAACAUUUACCUCUGGUUUAAUGGAAAAUGAGUUGGCUUCAUGUCUUAAAUUUGUGUACCUUUUACCUAAAUCAGUGGUUGCCAUCAGUGUUUCAUAUGCAACAUUGCUGUUGCUUCACAUUUGACAUUUCCCUUCUCUGCCCUCUAUUUUGCACAGUAAGAGCAUCUUUGUACUGUAUGUUGUUUGAUUUAAGACCUGCAUCCACUUGUUUAGAGUGAAUGUGUCCCCAAAUAAUGCUUCAAUCAGCUGUUUGUGUUAUUGUAAAUGUACUUUGAAUUCCAUAAAACACAACCAAUGUUACCUCCAUGUGAAACAGCAGCACAUCAUCUUCUUACACACACUUGUUAAUCUAGUGAAGAUGAUUGUGUACAUGUGCAAAUCAAAUUUCUACAGCCUCUUUGAAGUUAGGGCCUUCCAUAUGCCCUGUAAACUUGGCUGCCUCACUUGUGGGGACCACUGACCUAGAUGGUGAUGAUGAUGAUGGUUGACAUAUUUCUUUACAUUAAUAAUCACAAAUGAAGCUUAGUCCUCUUAAACUAGUUCUUACUGGAAAGCCAUGUUUUGACGCAGUCUAAACACAAAGUAUUAUUGUUUUGGAGCCAUAGGACAGUUAAAACAAGAGCACACUCACAUUUCUUAUUCACUUUAACAAAGAUCAUUUGUACUUAUAUUCCUAUUUUAUUUACGCUUUGGUGGGAGAAAGCAUUUACGGUACUGGUUAAUCACAGUUGUGUAUUCUGACUUAGUUACAACAACAAAGGAUUUAAUAAACUUUAUAACAACAAUAAUUCUCUGCGACUGGGUGUUUUUAACAUUUAACGUAGUUCCUUAAAAAUAGAAAAUCCUACGUGAGUUAAUACGUUUAGGAAGUCAUUAAAGCAAAGUUUUGGACGUUAGAUCUUAACAUACAUUGUAAAGAUUUUCUAAAAUCUCAUUUUAUUUAUAAAGCACUUUCAGCAC